AUGUCACAAAUUAUCACGAGAAAGGUGUUCACGUAUUCCAGCGCUUCGACACAGCACCCGAUCGAAAUAACAGGCGAGGAGGGCACCAUCCUAAAACCAGAAACGUUUCCUUCGAGUUACGAAGCAGCAGUUGCAGAAAGUCCACACAGUGAAAUAGACCAAGGAGGUGGAAUUGCCUUCAAAAUUCGUGGCAGUAAAGAUGCUAAUCCAGCAUAUACAAAACAAAGUUCAACAAAGAUCGUUCGGACAUUUGUUACGAAUGAAGAAGAGAAGAAACAGCUCGCCAACGAGGCAGCACUGCCUAAUACUGAACAAAGUCUUGCGAUAUUACAAGAAAAUAUUCAAACAACGAAUAGACACUCAACCACUGCAGCCAACGAAGACCCUGGAAAACACACCAACGUGGACUCUACUAAUAUAACAGCUACCAGCAGACGAAGGUCAAAAACGAGUUACACAUACAGAGUUCAUGAUGGCAUAGCAGUGUUGGAAAAUGUAACAAGAUACCAGCCUGAAACGCAAACAAUCACAAACUUUGCGCGCGAAAAACCAAAACAUACAGAGAUAUCCAAUGUAUCCUUUGAAAUAAAUACAGAAGACCUGGCAACAAACCAAGACCAUGACGUUCAAAAACAAAACACUUUCAGAACAAAUCUGGCCUUUCAAUCCAAGCCCAAGACGAUAUUUACGCAAAUGGAUAUGGUCUCUAAAUCAGAAAAUAGAGCCGUAAGAGAAAUAUCUGCACAAAAUUCAUCCCAAGGAGAAAGGCAACUUAUUGACACCCCCCAAGACACCCAGAAAUCACCAACAUACUCUUACUCAGUCACAAGCCCAGGCCCUUCUCACAAGAUUUUUGGAUCAGAGGUGUACGGAGAAAAAUCAAUAACACAACCGCAGCACCAAAAAGAGCGUCUCCCAUCAACCAAUACAAAACAAAUAACGACACAGCACCAAACAACAAAUAUAUCUGACUCUGGAAAACUUAUAAUUCCCAAUUUUACUCAAUACACUUCAACCAAUCAGGUAAAACUAUGUGAGCCAACACCAAAGGACAACAAUGUCAAAAGUGACGAAAAAUGGAGAACACAGGUAGUUACCAACGAAGAAUUCAGAUCAGAACCAACUCUCCAGGCAAACAGGCUCUCAGAAGAUAAAAUGAAAUUUCUUCACAACCAAAAUACACAGCCCGAGAAAUACCUCGACAAAUCCAGCCCUGGCAGACUUGUCAUUCCCGACUUUAAUCAAAGCUCUUUCACCACAGAAGUCAAAGACAUUAAGCCAUUGCCCAAAGUCAACAAACUCAAAACUGAAAGGUGGGCAACACAGGUAGUUACUCAGGAAGAUGUCAGAUCAGAACAACCUCCACAGGCAAAUAGACUGUCAGCAGAUAAAAUGAAAUUUCUUCACAACCAAGAUACACAGCCCGAGAAAAACCUCGACAAAUCCAGCCCUAGCAGACUUCUCAUUCCCGACUUUAAUCAAAGCACCUUCACCACAGAGGUCAAGGAGACUAAGCCAUCGCCCAAAGUCGACAAACUCAAAACUGAAGAGUGGGUAACACAGGUAGUUACUCAAGAAGAGAUCAGACCAGAACCACCCCUCCAGGCAAACAGACUGUCAGCAGAUAAAAUGCAAUUUCUUUACAACCAAGAUACACAGCCCGAGAAAAACCUCGACAAAUCCAGCCCUGGAAGACUUGUCAUUCCCGACUUUAAACAAAGUACUGUCACCACAGAGGUCAAAGACACUAAACCAUCGCCCAAAGUCGAAAAACUCAAAGCCGAGGAGUGGGUAACACAAGUACUUACUCAGAAAGAGGUCAAAUCAGAGCCGCCUCUGCAGGCAAAAAGGCUGUCAGCAAAUAAAAUGCAAUUUCUUCACAACCGAGAUACAGAGCCCGAGAAAAUUCUCGACAAAUCUGAUCCUGGCAGACUUGUCAUUCCCGACUUUAAACAAAGUACUUUCACCACAGAGGUCAAAGAGACUGAGCCAUCGCCUAAAGUCAACAAAUUUAAAAUUGAAAAGUGGGUAACACAGGUAAUUACUCAGGAAGAAGUCAGAUCAGAGCCACCUCUCCAGGCAAACAGGCUGUCAGCAGAUAAAAUAGAAUUUCUUCACAAUCAAGAUACACAGCCUGAGAAAAAGCUCGACAAAUCUAGUCCUGGAAGACUUGUCAUUCCCGACUUUAAUCAAAGCACCUUUACCUCAGAGGUCAAACAGACUAAGCCAUCACCCAAAGUCGACAAAUUCAAAACUGAGGAGUGGCUAACACAGGUAGUAACUCAGGAAGAGGUCAGAUCAGAGCCACCUCUACAGGCAAACAGGCUGUCAGCAGAUAAAAUGCAAUUUCUUCACAACCAAGAUACACAGCCCGAGAAAUACCUCGACAAAUCCAGUCCUGGUAGACUUGUUAUUCCCGAAUUUAGCCAAAGCACUUUCACCACAGAGGGCAAAGAGACUAAGCCAUCACCCAAAGUCAACAAACUCAAAACUGAAGAGUGGGUAACACAGGUAGUAACUCAGGAAGAGGUCAGAUCAGAACCACCUCUACAUGCAAACAGGCUGUCAGCAGAUAAAAUGCAAUUUCUUCACAACCAAGAUACACAGCCCGAGAAAAAGCUCGACAAAUCCAGUCCUGGUAGACUUGUUAUUCCCGAAUUUAGCCAAAGCACUUUCACCACAGAGGGCAAAGAGACUAAGCCAUCGCCCAAAGUCAACAAACUCAAAACUGAAGAGUGGGUAACACAGGUAGUUACUCAGGAAGAAGUCAGAUCAGAACCACCCCUUCUGGCAAACAGGCUGUCCGGAGAUAAAAUGCAAUUUCUUCACAGCCAAGAUACACAAGCCGAGGAAAAGGUCAAGAAAUCUAGCCCUGGCAGACUUGUCAUUCCCGACUUUAAUGAAAGCACUUCCACCACAGAAGCCAAAGACACUAAGCCAUCGCUUAAAGUCGACGAACUAAAAAGUGAAGACUGGGUAACAGAGGUUGUUAUUCAGGAAGAAGUCAGAUCAGAGCCACCUCUGCAGGCAAACAAGCUGUCAGCAGAUAAAAUGCAAUUUCUUCACAACCAAGAUACGCACCCCGAGAAAACGUUCGAUAAAUUAACCCCUGGGAAACUUGUCAUUCCCGACUUUAAUCAAAGCACUUUCACCUCAGAGGUCAAAGAGACUAAGCCAUCACCCAAAGUCGACAAACUCAAAACUGAAGAGUGGCUAACACAGGUAGUAACUCAGGAAGAGGUCAGAUCAGAACCACCCCUACAGGCAAACAGGCUGUCAGCAGAUAAAAUGCAAUUUCUUCACAACCAAGAUACACAGCCCGAGAAAUACCUCGACAAAUCCAGUCCUGGUAGACUUGUUAUUCCCGAAUUUAGCCAAAGCACUUUCACCACAGAGGGCAAAGAGACUAAGCCAUCACCCAAAGUCUACAAACUCAAAACUGAAGAGUGGGUAACACAGGUAGUAACUCAGGAAGAGGUCAGAUCAGAACCACCUCUACAUGCAAACAGGCUGUCAGCAGAUAAAAUGCAAUUUCUUCACAACCAAGAUACACAGCCCGAGAAAACGUUCGACAAAUCGACCCCUGGGAAACUUGUCAUUCCAGACUUUAAUCAAAGCACUUUCACCUCAGAGGACAAAGAGACUAAGCCAUCGCCCAAAGUCGACAAACUCAAAGCUGAAGAGUGGGUAACACAGGUAGUAACUCACGAAGAGGUCAGAUCAGAGCCACCUCUCCAAGCAAACAGGCUGUCAGCAGAUAAAAUGCAAUUUCUUCACAACCAAGAUACGCACCCCGAGAAAACGUUCGACAAAUCGAACCCUGGGAAACUUGUCAUUCCCGACUUUAAUCAAAGCACUUUCACCUCAGAGGUCAAAGAGACUAAGCCAUCGCCCAAAGUCAACAAACUCAAAACUGAAGAGUGGGUAACACAGGUAGUUACUCAGGAAGAAGUCAGAUCAGAACCACCCCUUCUGGCAAACAGGCUGUCCGGAGAUAAAAUGCAAUUUCUUCACAACCAAGAUACACAAGCCGAGAAAAAGUUCAAGAAAUCUAGCCCUGGCAGACUUGUCAUUCCCGACUUUAAUCAAAGCACUUCCACCACAGAAGCCAAAGACACUAAGCCAUCGCUCAAAGUCGACGAACUAAAAAGUGAAGACUGGGUAACAGACGUUGUUAUUCAGGAAGAAGUCAGAUCAGAACCACCUCUGCAGUCCAACAAGCUGUCAGCAGAUAAAAUGCAAUUUCUUCACAACCAAGAUACGCACCCCGAGAAAACGUUCGACAAAUCGAACCCUGGGAAACUUGUCAUUCCCGACUUUAAUCAAAGCACUUUCACCUCAGAGGUCAAAGAGACUAAGCCAUCGCCCAAAGUCGACAAACUCAAAACUGAAGAGUGGAUAACACAGGUAGUAACUCAGGAAGAGGUCAGAUCAGAACCACCUCUACAUGCAAACAGGCUGUCAGCAGAUAAAAUGCAAUUUCUUCACAACCAAGAUACACAGCCCGAGAAAAAGCUCGACAAAUCCAGUCCUGGUAGACUUGUUAUUCCCGAAUUUAGCCAAAGCACUUUCACCACAGAGGGCAAAGAGGCUAAGCCAUCACCCAAAGUCAACAAACUCAAAACUGAAGAGUGGGUAACACAGGUAGUUACUCAGGAAGAUGAAGAAGUCAGAUCAGAACCACCUCUGAAGGCAAACAGGCUGUCAGCAGAUAAAAUGCAAUUUCUUCACAACCAAGAUACGCACCCCGAGAAAACGUUCGACAAAUUGAACCCUGGGAAACUUGUCAUUCCCGACUUUAAUCAAAGCACUUUCACCUCAGAGGUCAAAGAGACUAAGCCAUCGCCCAAAGUUGACAAACUCAAAACUGAAGAGUGGAUAACACAGGUAGUAACUCAGGAAGAGGUCAGAUCAGAACCACCUCCACAUGCAAACAGGCUGUCAGCAGAUAAAAUGCAAUUUCUUCACAACCAAGAUACACAAGCCGAGAAAAAGCUCGACAAAUCCAGUCCUGGUAGACUUGUUAUUCCCGAAUUUUGCCAAGGCUCCUUCACCACAGAGGGCAAAGACACUAAGCCAACACCCAAAGUCAACAAACUCAAAACUGACGAGUGGGUAACACAGGUAGUUACUCAGGAAGAAGUCAGAUCAGAACCACCCCUUCUGGCAAACAGGCUGUCCGCAGAUAAAGGGCAAUUUCUUCACAACCAAGAUACACAAGCCGAGAAAACGUUCGACAAAUCAACCCCUGGGAAACUUGUCAUUCCAGACUUUAAUCAAAGCACUUUCACCUCAGAGGUCAAAGAGACUAAGCCAUCGCCCAAAGUCGACAAACACAAAGCUGAAGAGUGGGUAACACAGGUAGUAACUCAGGAAGAGGUCAAAUCAGAACCACCUCUACAUGCAAACAGGCUGUCAGCAGAUAAAAUGCAAUUUCUUCACAACCAAGAUACACAGCCCGAGAAAAACCUCGACAAAUCCAGUCCUGGUAGACUUGUUAUUCCCGAGUUUAGCCAAAGCACUUUCACCACAGAGGGCAAAGAGACUAAGCCAUCACCCAAAGUCAACAAACUCAAAACUGAAGAGUGGGUAACACAGGUAGUUACUCAGGAAGAAGUCAGAUCAGAACCACCCCUUCUGGCAAACAGGCUGUCCGGAGAUAAAAUGCAAUUUCUUCACAACCAAGAUACACAAGUCGAGAAAAAGUUCAAGAAAUCUAGCCCUGGCAGACUUGUCAUUCCCGACUUUAAUCAAAGCACUUCCACCACGGAAGCCCAAGACACUAAGCCAUCGCUCAAAGUCGACGAACUAAAAAGUGAAGACUGGGUAACAGAGGUUGUUAUUCAGGAAGAAGUCAGAUCAGAACCACCUCUGCAGUCCAACAAGCUGUCAGCAGAUAAAAUGCAAUUUCUUCACAACCAAGAUACGCACUCCGAGAAAAUGUUCGACAAAUCGACCCCUGGGAAACUUGUCAUUCCAGACUUUAAUCAAAGCACUUUCACCUCAGAGGUCAAAGAGACUAAGCCAUCGCCCAAAGUCGACAAACUCAAAGCUGAAGAGUGGGUAACACAGGUAGUAACUCAGGAAGAGGUCAGAUCAGAACCACCUCUCCAAGCAAACAGGCUGUCAGCAGAUAAAAUGCAAUUUCUUCACAACCAAGAUACGCACCCCGAGAAAACGUUCGACAAAUCAAACCCUGGGAAACUUGUCAUUCCCGACUUUAAUCAAAGCACUUUCACCUCAGAGGUCAAAGAGACUAAGCCAUCGCCCAAAGUCAACAAACUCAAAACUGAAGACACUUCCACCACAGAAGCCAAAGACACUAAGCCAUCGCUCAAAGUCGACGAACUAAAAAGUGAAGACUGGGUAACAGAGGUUGUUAUUCAGGAAGAAGUCAGAUCAGAACCACCUCUGCAGGCAAACAAGCUGUCAGCAGAUAAAAUGCAAUUUCUUCACAACCAAGAUACGCACCCCGAGAAAACGUUCGACAAAUCGACCCCUGGGAAACUUGUCAUUCCAGACUUUAAUCAAAGCACUUUCACCUCAGAGGUCAAAGAGACUAAGCCAUCGCCCAAAGUCGACAAACUCAAAACUGAAGAGUGGCUAACACAGGUAGUAACUCAGGAAGAGGUCAGAUCAGAACCACCUCUACAUGCAAACAGGCUGUCAGCAGAUAAAAUGCAAUUUCUUCACAACCAAGAUACACAGCCCGAGACAAAGCUCGACAAAUCCAGUCCUGGUAGACUUGUUAUUCCCGAGUUUAGCCAAAGCACUUUCACCACAGAGGGCAAAGAGACUAAGCCAUCACCCAAAGUCAACAAACUCAAAACUGAAGAGUGGGUAACACAGGUAGUUACUCAGGAAGAAGUCAGAUCAGAACCACCCCUUCUGGCAAACAGGCUGUCCGGAGAUAAAAAGCAAUUUCUUCACAACCAAGAUACACAAGCCGAGAAAAAGUUCAAGAAAUCUAGCCCUGGCAGACUUGUCAUUCCCGACUUUAAUCAAAGCACUUCCACCACAGAAGCCAAAGACACUAAGCCAUCGCUCAAAGUCGACGAACUAAAAAGUGAAGACUGGGUAACAGAGGUUGUUAUUCAGGAAGAAGUCAGAUCAGAACCACCUCUGCAGGCAAACAAGCUGUCAGCAGAUAAAAUGCAAUUUCUUCACAACCAAGAUACGCACCCCGAGAAAACGUUCGACAAAUCGACCCCUGGGAAACUUGUCAUUCCAGACUUUAAUCAAAGCACUUUCACCUCAGAGGUCAAAGAGACUAAGCCAUCGCCCAAAGUCGACAAACUCAAAACUGAAGAGUGGCUAACACAGGUAGUAACUCAGGAAGAGGUCAGAUCAGAACCACCUCUACAUGCAAACAGGCUGUCAGCAGAUAAAAUGCAAUUUCUUCACAACCAAGAUACACAGCCCGAGAAAAAGCUCGACAAAUCCAGUCCUGGUAGACUUGUUAUUCCCGAAUUUAGCCAAAGCACUUUCACCACAGAGGGCAAAGAGACUAAGCCAUCGCCCAAAGUCAACAAACUCAAAACUGAAGAGUGGGUAACACAUGUAGUUACUCAGGAAGAGGUCAGAUCGGAACCACCCCUUCUGGCAAACAGGCUGUCCGGAGAUCAAAUGCAAUUUCUUCACAACCAAGAUACACAAGCCGAGAAAAAGUUCAAGAAAUCUACCCCUGGCAGACUUCUCAUUCCCGACUUUAAUCAAAGCACUUCCACCACGGAAGGCCAAGACACUAAGCCAUCGCCCAAAGUCGACAAACUCAAAACUGAAGAGUGGCUAACACAGGUAGUAACUCAGGAAGAGGUCAGAUCAGAACCACCUCUACAGGCAAACAGGCUGUCAGCAGAUAAAAUGCAAUUUCUUCACAACCAAGAUACACAGCCCGAGAAAAAGCUCGACAAAUCCAGUCCUGGUAGACUUGUUAUUCCCGAAUUUAGCCAAAGCACUUUCACCACAGAGGGCAAAGAGACUAAGCCAUCACCCAAAGUCAACAAACUCAAAACUGAAGAGUGGGUAACACAGGUAGUUACUCAGGAAGAAGAAGAAGUCAGAUCAGAACCACCUCUGCAGGCAAACAAGCUGUCAGCAGAUAAAAUGCAAUUUCUUCACAACCAAGAUACGCACCCCGAGAAAACGUUCGACAAAUUGACCCCUGGGAAACUUGUCAUUCCCGACUUUAAUCAAAGCACUUUCACCUCAGAGGUCAAAGAGACUAAGCCAUCGCCCAAAGUCGACAAACUCAAAACUGAAGAGUGGCUAACACAGGUAGUAACUCAGGAAGAGGUAAGAUCAGAACCACCUCUAAAGGCAAACAGGCUGUCAGCAGAUAAAAUGCAAUUUCUUCACAACCAAGAUACACAGCCCGAGAAAAAGCUCGACAAAUCCAGUCCUGGUAGACUUGUUAUUCCCGAAUUUAGCCAAAGCACUUUCACCACAGAGGGCAAAGAGACUAAGCCAUCGCCCAAAGUCAACAAACUCAAAACUGAAGAGUGGGUAACACAGGUAGUUACUCAGGAAGAAGUCAGAUCAGAACCACCCCUUCUGGCAAACAGGCUGUCCGGAGAUCAAAUGCAAUUUUUUCACAACCAAGAUACACAAGCCGAGAAAAAGUUCAAGAAAUCUAGCCCUGGCAGACUUGUCAUUCCCGACUUUAAUCAAAGCACUUCAACCACAGAAGCCCAAGACACUAAGCCAUCGCUCAAAGUUGACGAACUAAAAAGUGAAGACUCGGUAACAGAGGUUGUUAUUCAGGAAGAAGUCAGAUCAGAACCACCUCUGCAGUCCAACAAGCUGUCAGCAGAUAAAAUGCAAUUUCUUCACAACCAAGAUACGCACCCCGAGAAAACGUUCGACAAAUCGACCCCUGGGAAACUUGUCAUUCCAGACUUUAAUCAAAGCACUUUCACCUCAGAGGUCAAAGAGACUAAGCCAUCGCCCAAAGUCGACAAACUCAAAGCUGAAGAGUGGGUAACACAGGUAGUAACUCAGGAAGAGGUCAGAUCAGAACCACCUCUACAUGCAAACAGGCUGUCAGCAGAUAAAAUGCAAUUUCUUCACAACCAAGAUACACAGCCCGAGAAAAAGCUCGACAAAUCCAGUCCUGGUAGACUUGUUAUUCCCGAAUUUAGCCAAAGCACUUUCACCACAGAGGGCAAAGAGACUAAGCCAUCACCCAAAGUCAACAAACUCAAAACUGAAGAGUGGGUAACACAGGUAGUUACUCAGGAAGAAGUCAGAUCAGAACCACCCCUUCUGGCAAACAGGCUGUCCGGAGAUAAAAUGCAAUUUCUUCACAACCAAGAUACACAAGCCGAGAAAAAGUUCAAGAAAUCUAGCCCUGGCAGACUUGUCAUUCCCGACUUUAAUCAAAGCACUUCCACCACGGAAGCCCAAGACACUAAGCCAUCGCUCAAAGUCGACGAACUAAAAAGUGAAGACUCGGUAACAGAGGUUGUUAUUCAGGAAGAAGUCAGAUCAGAACCACCUUUGCAGUCCAACAAGCUGUCAGCAGAUAAAAUGCAAUUUCUUCACAACCAAGAUACGCACCCCGAGAAAACGUUCGACAAAUCGACCCCUGGGAAACUUGUCAUUCCAGACUUUAAUCAAAGCACUUUCACCUCAGAGGUCAAAGAGACUAAGCCAUCGCCCAAAGUCGACAAACUCAAAGCUGAAGAGUGGGUAACACAGGUAGUAACUCAGGAAGAGGUAAGAUCAGAACCACCUCUAAAGGCAAACAGGCUGUCAGCAGAUAAAAUGCAAUAUCUUCACAACCAAGAUACACAGCCCGAGACAAAGCUCGACAAAUCCAGUCCUGGUAGACUUGUUAUUCCCGAGUUUAGCCAAAGCACUUUCACCGCAGAGGGCAAAGAGACUAAGCCAUCACCCAAAGUCAACAAACUCAAAAUUGAAGAGUGGGUAACACAGGUAGUUACUCAGGAAGAAGUCAGAUCAGAACCACCCCCUCUGGCAAACAGGCUGUCCGGAGAUAAAGUGCAAUUUCUUCACAACCAAGAUACACAAGCCGAGAAAAAGUUCAAGAAAUCUAGCCCUGGCAGACUUGUCAUUCCCGACUUUAAUCAAAGCACUUCCACCACAGAAGCCAAAGACACUAAGCCAUUGCUCAAAGUCGACGAACUAAAAAGUGAAGACUGGGUAACAGAGGUUGUUAUUCAGGAAGAAGUCAGAUCAGAACCACCUCUGCAGGCAAACAAGCUGUCAGCAGAUAAAAUGCAAUUUCUUCACAACCAAGAUACACAGCCCGAGACAAAGCUCGACAAAUCCAGUCCUGGUAGACUUGUUAUUCCCGAGUUUAGCCAAAGCACUUUCACCACAGAGGGCAAAGAGACUGAGCCAUCACCCAAAGUCAACAAACUCAAAACUGAAGAGUGGGUAACACAGGAAGUUACUCAGGGAGAAAUCAGAUCAGAACCACCCCUUCUGGCAAACAGGCUGUCCGGAGAUAAAAUGCAAUUUCUGCACAACCAAGAUACACAAGCCGAGAAAAAGUUCAAGAAAUGUAUCCCUGGCAGACUUGUCAUUCCCGACUUUAAUCAAAGCACUUCCACCACACAAGCCAAAGACACUAAGCCAUCGCUCAAAGUCGACGAACUAAAAAGUGAAGACUGGGUAACAGAGGUUGUAAUUCAGGAAGAAGUCAGAUCAGAACCACCUCUGAAGGCAAACAAGCUGUCAGGAGAUAAAAUGCAAUUUCUUCACAACCAAGAUGCACACCCCGAGAAAACGUCCGACAAAUCGACCCCUGGGAAACUUGUCAUUCCUGAUUUUAAUCAAAGCACUUUCAUCUCAGAGAUCAAAGAGACUAAGCCAUCGCCCAAAGUCGACAAACUCAAAACUGAAGAGUGGUUAACACAGGUAGUAACUCAGGAAGAGGUCAGAUCAGAACCACCUCUAAAGGCAAACAGGCUGUCAGCAGAUAAAAUGCAAUUUCUUCACAACCAAGUUACACAGCCCAAGAAAAUGCUCGAUAAAUCUAGUCCUGGCAGACUUGUCAUUCCCGACUUUAAUCAAAGUACUUUCACCGCACAGGUCAAAGAGACUGAGCCAUCGCCUAAAGUCAACAAACUCAAAGCUGAAGAGUGGGUAACUCAGGUACUUACUCAAGAGGAGAUCAGAUCAGAGCAACCACUCCACGCAAACAGGCUGUUAGCAGAUAAAAUGCAAUUUCUCCGCAACCAAGAUACGCACCCCGAGAAAACGUUCGACAAAUCGAGCCCUGGGAAACUUGUCAUUCCCGACUUUAAUCAAAGCACUUUCACCUCAGAGGUCAAAGAGACUAAGCCAUCGCCCAAAGUCGACAAACUCAAAACUGAAGAGUGGCUAACACAGGUAGUAACUCAGGAAGAUGUCAGAUCAGAACCACCUCUUGAAGCAAACAAGCUAUCAGCAGAUAAAAUAGAAUUUCGUCACAACCACGUUACACAGCCCGAGAAAAAGGUCGACAAAUCUAGUCCUGGCAGACUUGUUAUUCCCGAAUUUAGCCAAAGCACUUUUACCACAGAGGGCAAAGAGACUGAGCCAUCGCCCAAAGUCAACAAACUCAAAACUGAAGAGUGGGUAACACAGUUAGUUACUAAGGAAAAGGUCAGAUCAGAACCACCCCUUCUGGCAAACAGGCUGUCCGGAGAUAAAGUGCAAUCGCUUCACAACCAAGAUAUACAGCCCGAGAAAAAACUCGAAAAAUCCAGCCCUGGCAGACUUGUCAUUCCCGACUUUAACCAAAGCACUUUCACUACAGAAGUCAAAGACAAUAAGACAUCGCUCAAAGUCAAGAAAUUAAAAACUGAAGAGUGGGUAACACAGGUUGUUACUCAGGAAGAAGUCAGAUCAGAACCACCUCUCCAGGCAAACAGGCUGUCAGCAGAUAAAACUCAGUUUCUUAACAACCAAGAUACGCAUCGCGAUAAAAAGCUCGACAAAUCUAGCCCUGGCAGACUUGUCAUUCCCACCUUUAAUCAAAGCACUUUCACCACAGAGGUCAAAGAGACUAAGCCAUCGCCCAAAGUCGACAAACUCAAAACUGAAGAGUGGGUAACACAGGAAGUUACUCAAGAAGAGAUCAGAUCAGAACCACCUUUCCAGGCAAACAGGCUGUCAGCAGAAAAAAUGCAGUUUCUUCACAACCAAGAUACACAGCUCGAGAAAAAGCUCGACAAAUCCAGCCUUGGGAGACUUGUCAUUCCCGACUUUAAUGGAAGCACUUUCACCACAGACGUCAAAGACAUUAAGGUAUCGCCCAAAGUCGACAAAAUCAAAACUGAAGAGUGGAUAACACAGGUACUUACUCAGGAAGAGGUCAGAUCAGAACCACCUCUCCAGGCAAACAGGCUGUCAGCAGAUAAAACUCAGUUUAUUAACAACCAAGAUACGCAUCACGAUAAAAAGCUCGACAAAUCCAGCCCUGGCAGACUUGUCAUUCCCACCUUUAAUCAAAGCACUUUCACCACAGAGGUCAAAGAGACUAAGCCAUCGUCCAAAGUCGACAAACUCAAAGCUGAAGAGUGGGUAACACAGGUAGUUACUCAGGAAGAAGUCAUAUCAGAACCACCACUUCAGGCAAACAGGCUGUCAGCAGAUAAAAUGCAAUUUCUUCACAACCAAGAUACACAGCCCGAGAAAAAGCUCGACAAAUCCAGCCCUGGCAGACUUGUCAUUCCCGACUUUAAUCAAUGCAAUUUCACCACAGAAGUCAAAGACAUCAAGCCAUCGAAAAAUUACUUCAUAAAGGAUACACAUUCUACUAACGGUGGGAAUGCCUUGUCAUCUGAGAUGGUUAGGCAUAUGAAGAGCCCUAAAAAUGUCAUUGAAUUACAAAGUCGUGAAUUACCACUUACCCAAAAGAGAGAGUUAACGGAUGAAUGGAAAGUGGAGGAUAAAGGAAACGAAGAUUGGCGAUCACAAGCACCACAACCUUUAAAGGAGUCAUUGGAAAAACUUAGAUCACUUUCUAGAACCCAGGAAAUGCAUUCAAUGACAGGAUCUGAUGUGUUACCGAAAAAUUCAAAUGUGCCUCUGAGGGGCACUGACAACACCUUCUUCAUUCAGAUUCAAGAUGCAGCCUUCGCAACUGGAAAUUACAAAGAUGAGCAGGGGAUAAGGCAUUAUCUGACUGAAUUACCUGCGGGAAAAACAGGGUUUGUUCGAUCAAGGGAAACAAACCAAGUUUUAAAGUCAGAUAGAGCUCAUUCCUCCGACAGCGUUGUAAUUCCCGUUGAACCGAAACAAGUUUCUUCUUCUUCUGGAGUCGUCAUACAUAACGGUGAGAACUGGAUAACUCGCGCAAAUACAAGUAUAUCGCCUGCAGAGAAAGAAAGGAUUUUUUUCCAUGCCGGUGAGGCACGUCAGGCUGUAAAAUUAGGAGGGGUCUCAUCUAGUGGCAGCGCAGUCAUUCCCAUUGAAAUAAAAGACAUUUCUUCGUCACCAAAAGUCGAGAUACAUGAUGGAAAGACGUGGACUACUCGGCAGACCUCAGUUAAGUUGUCAAGAGAUGACAGAUCCUUUGUAAGUACUGGCGAAACUAAAGAAGUCAUAACGUUGGAUGGCUCUUCAUCCAGUGGUGUUGUGAUUCCAGUGCAAAUUUCAAGCGAAUCUUUGACUACAAACGUCAAGAUAUAUAGCGGCCAAGUCUACACACCCUGAUACGUUCAAAAAGAAAGGCGUAAAUCACAAACCGCUUCUCUCAAAAUCGUUAUAUUCUGAGCUUGACUGGCGAUGGAAAAGUCCAAAAUUUCAUCAAAAAUGCAAUAACACUUAAGACAUAUUAUUGGCAGUACCCCUGGUUAAAAUCGCAGUAAGUUGCCGCUGGUCUUCCAAGAAUGUUCUUUUUUUUUAAUUUAAGCGGUACCGUGGUUUGCGUCAUUGACCAAGGCUAAGAGGAAGUACAAGUAACCUGCACAUAAUAGGUCAAACUUUUAAGUAAGAAUUAUCUGCUCAGUCUCAUACUUUUCUAAAGCAAAGCCGUUUGAGCCCGAAAGCGAAAGGCUGCAUAGGCAAUCUACUGCUUUCGCCCUUGUCUUCUUUAUCUGAUAAUUGUAUGCAUAUAAUGAAGUUUGGGGCUGUGCGGAAAUUUUAGCAAAGUUUCUUCAGAGGCUCUUAAAGCUCCUGGUAAUGCAAGCGGAAUGUAUAAAGUGUAUCAUUACUUUCACUGAAUGAGUUAUCUUGAUCGGUUGGAAUCACAUGAAGAUGACUGGCAUGCAACAAGUAAAACCUAAAUUAUGAGAAAGAUGUAGAUAAGACAAUUAGACAUGAGCAAACAUGGUCUAGUUUUUCACUUGCUUAUGGUAAUGAUGGAAUCAAUUUCGUUUAUUUAUGAGCUUUUAAAAAGUACAGUGACCUGUUUGCUUAUACUAAGUCAAAUUCUCAGUUGAGAAAUAUGGUAGAGUCACGUGAAUUUACAGUUAAUUGUAUUGUGAAUUCAUAUAUUUUCUGAAAUUUGAUCUUAUGUUUUCUAAAUUCGUUUUUUGUUUGAUUUUAGCAAAUGUUGCAUCAGAGUUCCCAGAUUUUUUUUGGACGACUCUACCACUUCAAUGGCUAUAAAUAAUCUUCAAAAAGCAGCUUGCAUAAUGACUUAAAUUAGAAAUUAGACAAGGUAAACAAAUUUGUAUAAAGUAUAUUAUACAAUGCAUUAAAUCAAUAAGGACAAAUAAUUCUUGUUAAAAAAAACAAUAAAUAAAUACUCCUUGGUCCAUUUUACUUGUCUCACUUAAUAUGUUGAGAUAUUUAUGAAAAUUAAGUUUGAAUUAAUUAAUAGUUUGAGAUACACAAGCUGUGAGAAACAAAUUGGAUGACAACAAUAAUAUCAAAACACUAAAUCCUAAAAUAUGACUUGACAUACCCUGCUAUAUUUUGUACAAAUUAAUCAGCAGGGGGGCUAUAAGCUUAAUCCAAAAAUUGCCUUGUUAAUGAUUGAGAGCACUGAUAAAAACAUUAAGAACUUACCUCAAAAGCUACAUAGAUACUCCAAAAUCAGCAGAAGGGAAAUCAGCUUUAUCCUUAGU